AUGCCAAUAUCAAACAGAACAUCAACUUGUAUUGUUCGAAAGACAUCGACCAACAUUAUUCGCUCAUUUGCAGUGCCAUCCCACGUGCAAUCGCCCUCGACAUGGCCACGACACAUCUCAAGGAAAACGAAUAGCGCUAAUUAUUUUAUUGUGAAUCCGAAAUGGCAACCGAUUUCAUCUCGAAGGUUGUCUUCGUCCACUUCUCCCGCCGAGCGACUCUUUCCGGAAGAACUCAACAUCCUCUACGACUCCAAAUGCAAUGUUUGCAAAUUCGAAAUGGAUUUUCUAGCCAGAAGAGACGAAUCGCUUGCUAUGAAAGCAUCACAGCCAAGAAAGCUCAAACUGACUGAUCUGGAAGACGAGAGUUACAAUUCCAAUGACCCCGCAAACGGAGGUGUAACCUACGCCGAUGCCAUGGCGUCCAUGCAUGCCGUAAGACCCGACGGCCAAGUAGUGGAAGGAGUUGCAGUCUUUUCAGCUGCCUACGAUUUGGUAGGACUGGGAUGGCUCUUUCGAUUCACCGAGUGGCCCAUCACCAAGCCCAUUGUCCAAUGGGGGUAUGAUGUGUUUGCAAAGUAUCGCACCAGUGUCACCCGAGGGUCCAGUUUGGAAUCGCUGGUGGAAGCGUAUGAAGCGCGACAGGCAUCAAACGAACCACCAGCGGACUGUGUCACUUGUAACACCUCUGUUUCCGACAAACCAUGA